ACACACACACACACACACACACACACACACACACACACACACACACACACACACACACAGAGCGCUGGGCUGCACUCGUCUGACUGUAUGUUGGGGAUCCGGACGGGAAGACAGAUUGUGUUUCUCCUGACAGUGUGAGCGUGUGUGAUGUAAUCGUUUAACUUCAGCAGGUCAGAACGGGGCGAAUCCUCCGUUAAUCAUCAUCCGACAUCCGUCUCCACUCAAACAAGUACGUUUCGCUCCAGCUCUUUCAGAUGUGUGAUGAAUGUGUUUGUGUUCUGCUGGUUUCACUGGUCAGAGUAAUUCACUGGAAUCGUGAUGUGGCCGCGUGUUAUGCUCACGUGUUUACUGCUGGUGUUGUGUCGCGCAGCUCCUCAUCCUCAUAUCAACCGUCUCGCGCUCUUCCCGGAUAAAAGCGCCUGGUGUGAAGCCAAAAACAUCACGCAGAUCGUCGGCCACACGGGCUGCACGCCGCGAUCCAUCCAGAACAGGGCUUGUCUGGGUCAGUGUUUCAGCUACAGUGUGCCGAACACAUUCCCACAGUCCACCGAGUCUCUGAUCCACUGUGACUCCUGCAUGCCUGCGCAGACCCAGUGGGAAGUGGUGACUCUGGAGUGCGCGGGCAGUGAUGAGGCUCCGCGUGUGGAUAAGUUAGUGGAACGCAUCCUCCACUGCAGCUGCCAGUCGUGCAGUAAAGAGGGCGGUCAGGAGGGGGCGCUGCUGCAGCUGUACCCUUCAGAGGGAGCGCUGGAGACGCCAGCACACACACACUCACAGCAGGCACACACACACGCUGACGUGCAUUUAGACAUACACACACCUGAAGCAGGGUGAUGAACACACUCUCAAAUCCUACUGAACUCUUCUCUCUCUGUUUGUUGAAUUAAAGCACUUUCCCUGUUCAUCAUGAAGACACUAAUCAACACUAUAUCACGCUUAACCAUCAUUAAACUGGAGGAAAUCUCACAUGAGCUUUAUUAAAAGAUGCACUCAAACACACGAAUCCCAAAUGGCAUGUUUGCACCCUUGAAGGGCACUUGUUGAAGGGGACACAACUCGUGACACACACACUCACACUCACACACACACACACACACACA